GUGGUGUCUGUUCUUCCAUCCCCAGAGCCCUCCACUUGGCUGUGAUUCAUGAACACGAAGCCUUUCUGGAUUCUAUCCUGCAGUACACGGCCGGGACGGAGUACUUGGAUCUGCAGAAUGACCUGAGCCAGACGGCAUUGCACAUUGCAGUCAUCCUCGGUGCCUCCAACUUUGUCCGCAAGCUGAUGGCAGCCGGGGCAGGGCUCUGCGUGCAGGAGAAAGGCGGCCACACGGCGCUGCACCUGGCAUGCCGGGAGGGCUGGCGGGACUGUGCACAGUGGCUCUUGGCAUCGUUGAGCAUGCGCAGAUCCUGUGAAGGGAGUGACGCCAGGGCUCAGUUGGACUGCACCAAUUAUGAUGGUUACACGCCGCUGCAUGUGGCUGUCCUGCGGAAGGAUCUUGAAGCAGUCAAGCUCCUGGUGAGCGCCGGAGCCAGUCUCAACAAGGCGGAGCUGAGCUGUGGCCGGAGUCCCCUCCACUUGGCAGUGGAGUCUCAGAGCCCGGAGGUGGUGGAGUACCUGCUGCGUGCUGGAGCAGAUCCGGGGGCCCGGAUGUAUGUUGGUUACACCCCCAUCUACAGCGCCAUGCACAGGCCCAACCAAAAGAUCUUGCAGCUGCUCCGGGAGUUUGGCUCGGAGGAGCCGGACUGGGAUUCAGAGGACAGCUCAGAUGACAGCAGCGACGAAGAAUACGACGACAUCGUCAUCAACCGUGGACGCUAUCAGAAUUAAUGGGGCCGGCCCUGCGGCGCCUGCAGCGUGAGCUGGCGGCCGAGGAGCCCCUCCAGAAGAGACUCGCAGCCUGCCCUGCCCUUGUGGGAAGCAGCUCCGCAGAAGCUUGUUCUCAGCUGGAUCGGGCUCUCCAGGAGCCGAGUUCUGUGGCAGCACAGAGCUGCUCCCUGGAAGCGGUAGCUGAAUGCCGUGUUCGUUUCCUUCUCUCUCCAUGUAGGCAGUCGCAGCCAGUUACCUUGAUUCCCUUACAGUAGAACAGGCAUUUCGGCAGCUGGGCUAGAGCGUCGGCCGAUUGCCCUGUGGAGCCGCUUGCCAUUUGCUUUCGGAGCGGGAGCGGUAUCCCUGCCCACAUGAGGGGUGUCACUGGGCCCCACAGAUGUUGCUCAUGUAACUAAGCAGUUCAGCUCCCUGCGGAGCUGCACCGAGCUGCGUUUCUGGCAGGGUUUGCGCGGCCUUUCAAAGACCUCGGCCUGUUUACCUCUUUUAUGUUGAGAAGCACUGAGCACCGCCGAACUGCUGCUAGCAGAGUAGUUGGGGCCAAAUUCCUUUUAGCUGCUCCCAUCCUAGCACCUGAAUGAGACGGGAGGAGUUUUGCAAGUGCCCUGCAGACGUGGUCUGCUCAGCUAGCUGUAAGGACAAAGGUGCGUGAGUGCACCUGGAAAUCAGACCCGAAGCACUGGCAGAAGGCCCAGCAGCCCAGAGAGGGAAUAGCUGGAGUGUGGGGUUGCUGGAUUGAAACAGGUGGGGCGGGGAGGAAUCCGCAGGAGGAGCUGAGGGGAGACGAGGCUGGUGGAAAGACUGGGAUGGCCUGUUAUGAGCAGAGGGGGAGAGCGGUCUUCAACAUCCCAAAGGGGGCGGAGCAAGAUGCUGGAAAGAGUUGAGAUGUGAGUGAUGUGGCUGGACCUGUUCGAUUUGGGUCAGAGAUGGAGAAAGAGGGACAGGCUGUGUCCUGAGUCGGAUCUGUGCAUAGGGGCCAAGCUGUGUCCGUAUCCGCACUGGCCGCUGCUUCUCUGCCAGUACCGGUGGGACCAGCUUUGUCUUCCCCCUUCCCUCCCCCCCACCUGAGGAGUCUGGUUUUUUUUCUUUGCCCGUUGACUGGCUGCAAAGCCCUGUUCACACUGUGCUUGGCCCUGGUUGUUUCUUCCAGAGCUGUGGGAACCAGUAUGCCCAUCCCAUAGUGUUCUUGGAAAGCAGAAAAUUUGCCUGUACUAGAUUGGGCUGAAAACUCCAUCUGAGCCUUUCACAAGUGGCAGGUCAAAACGACGUCAGUUGCAUGAUUUAGACUCUGAUUGUCUGGGGCUGGCUGUAUUAAAAAUGGCAAACCCCAAAGCUGUUUUGACUCCCAAACUGGAAACUUUCCUGAUUCAAACAGGCCAUGUGACAAGUUCAGCCCCCCUGUGCUGAGCAGUGGCAUUGCUUCCGUGAGGUGAUGUGGGAAGAGAUGCCCUGAGCUGGCCUGGUACUUGUGCAAACCAGCUGCUCGCAAGGCCGAGAGGCAGGACUCCCGUUGUCCCUUGCGCAGCCGGGGGUCCUUCCUGCUGUUCCCGCGUAGAUACAAAGUAGACCCUGGCUUCGCCCCAGGGGUUUGGAGCUCAGCUUGUCCGAGCAGCGUUGCUGCAUUAGGUGCAGGAUACCUCCCCUCCUUCCAUCGGAGGGGUUGAAGGGUGAAGGGGGAGAAGAUUGAAUUUGAAACAAACUCUCUUGUUCCACAAGGCUGCUGUUUCCUCCUCUGUGUUCUCCCGCUCCUGGCCAAUAAAUCCCCCGGCCACAGCAGCUUGGGGGCUUCAGGUGUGUAGGGGGCAGGGUUAAUUCUCUGAGGCUGACAGCAGCGGCCUCUGCCACAGCGUAGGGGAGGGACAGGGAGAUUCGCAGGGGGUUCACCUGCCCCGGUGCGAAGGGCUGAGGUUCCGGGAUUGGCAAUCCUCUUCCCCGCCCUCGAGCAGACCAGGCUUGAUUCCUCCAGGCCCGUGUCGUUAAAGGGCCUGUCUAGGCACUCACGCUGCAGCACUUCGGUAAGCUUGGCUCUGUGCAUCGAGAUGAUGGAGGUUUGUCUGUUUUACAGACGGGGGAACAGGUACGGUCCCGUGUUCUGCACACUAGGCAAUGCUGUCUCUCCCUAGGUAAAGCAGUUUCUUUGGCUGCACCAGUAGAAGGCACCUUCAGACCAGUCUGACUGUGCCCACACUAACGGAGAAAUCCCCCUCCUGUGACGUACAUCUCUGCACGGGGCAGGUCUCAAAACUUGGCAUUCUGGGCUUGAACAUACUUGGAUGCUCAGCCCCACAAAGGGGCUUUGGGCAGGGGACCCUUCUUUGUCAGCUUUGUUCACCACAUGCCUCCCAGUUUGGCAGCUGCAAGUGACUGGGCCUGGCUGAUCAGUUUCCAGUACCAUGCAGCGAGGGCAAAACCCUGUAGCAUUCCUCUCCCAGGGACAGGGAAAUGGUUCUUUCCACGUAAGCUCGUCCCCGUGUCCCAGCUAGAGCCAUAUCUCGGGGGGGACACCACGUUACUCGUCCAGCACGUGGGUUUUAAGCUAUGUCAGGAGUGUUGUACAAGCUGCUGUCUAACUUUGUACAGUUCUGUGUAGUUGUCUUUCUCCCUGCUGGUCUUUGCUCAUGCUCUGUAUUGUGUCUCUUCUUGACCAGUGAGUAGGAAUGAGAUUAAAGUUAGUGGCUGACAGUAAUAA